AUGGGGCCUGAGGACAGGACCAAGUGCUGGUGCUAUGGCCCAGAGCCAAGCCACUGGGCAGCUGGCGGCCGCCCCACUCGGGGGCAACAUGGACCCCACUCUCUGUGCAACCCCCCCCGGGGCCAGGGCACUGACAGUGCCCUGUCCUGGGGAGGCCGGGACCACACAGAUGGGCAGAUCCUGGGCCAGCUGCGCCCCCUGGCAGAGGAGGAGGAGGAAGAUGGCGCUGCCCUGGCCCCGAGGCCUGCCUUCCCUGGGAUGGGCUCAGAGGAGCUACGGCUGGCCUCCUUCUACGACUGGCCGCUGAGCGCCGUGGUGCCGCCAGAGCUGCUGGCCGCUGCCGGCUUCUUCCACACUGGCCAGCAGGACAAGGUGAGGUGCUUCUUCUGCUACGGCGGUCUGCAGAGCUGGGAGCGAGGUGACGACCCCUGGACAGAGCACGCCAGAUGGUUCCCCAGGUGUGAAUUCCUUCUCCGGACAAAAGGAAGAGACUUUGUCUGCAGGGUCCAGGAGUCCUGUUGCUGCUCACCGGGCUCCUGGGACCGGUCGGAGGAACCAGAAGAUGCGGGACCUGCCACUCCCUCAGCUCCUGUACCUCCAGGGCCUGAGCUGCUCACACCCAGAAUAGAGGCUCAGGUGGAGAGUGCCCUGGAGUCAGGAGCGCAGGAUGCAGAGGAGCAGCUGCGGCGCCUUCGGGAGGAGCGGACAUGCAGGGUGUGCCUGGACCAUACCGUGGGCGUCGUCUUUGUGCCCUGCGGUCACCUGGCCUGUGCUGAGUGCGCACCCAGCCUGCAGCAGUGCCCCAUCUGCAGGGCCCCCAUCCGCAGCUGCGUGCGCACCUUCCUGUCCUAG